GAGAACAAAAGAACAGAAAAGAAAUGAAAGCCCUUUUUCAACAAAUUUCAAAUUCCGACAAUUUUCUCUCUCUCUCUCUGAAGUCUGGACCCUCCCUCCCUCCCUCGCUCCCUCCCUCCCUCUCCACUUCCAAAAUCCAAACAGUGUUUCACUCGCCUUUCCAUUUUCGGCUCAAUUUAUUACUAUACCAACUAAGCUCAUAUGCCCUGUACCAUUAUAUCCCUUGACUAAAAUUUCACGCUCACUUCCCAAAAACAGCUACCCAACAAAGUGUACUCUCUUAAGUUUUGCUGUUUAGCAACUGUAAAAAUCUCACCUUUUCAUGGGUAUUUGAAAGUUAGGGUUUAAACAUUGCAACCCACAUUUGUUUUUCACUCUAAAAUCCCAGAAGACAGAAUAUAAAACUUGGUGUUUUGUGUGUACGCAUGUUGCAAUUUGUUUGUUAGGGUUUGAGAUUUGUAGUAGGAUUUUGUAGAGGUGUUUUUAGGAAUGGAUGGAAGGAGAAUAACUGCUAGUCCUAGGCCAUGUUGUGGAAGGAGGGUGGUGGCAAAGAAGAGGCCACGCGGUGGAAUGGAUGGGUUUGUGAACAGCGUUAAGAAGCUUCAAAGGAGAGAGAUUGGUUCCAAGCGAGAUCGUUCGUUCAGUAUGAGCGAUGCUCAAGAGCGUUUUCGGAAUAUACACUUACAGGAGGAAUAUGAUACCCAUGAUCCAAAAGGUCAUUGUGCCAUGGUACUUCCAUUUCUUAAGAAAAGGUCAAAGAUAAUUGAGAUAGUUGCUGCCCGCGAUAUUGUUUUUGCCCUUGCACAAUCUGGUGUCUGUGCAGCAUUUAGCCGAGAAUCAAACCGGAGGAUAUGCUUUCUGAAUGUCAGUCCAGAUGAAGUUAUACGAAGCUUGUUUUACAAUAAAAACAAUGAUUCAUUAAUCACUGUUUCGGUAUAUGCUUCAGAUAAUUUCAGUUCCUUGAAAUGCAGAACAACAAGGAUUGAAUACAUAAGGAGGGGUAAGCCAGAUGCUGGAUUUGCUCUGUUUGAGUCUGAAUCAUUAAAAUGGCCCGGUUUUGUGGAGUUUGAUGAUGUGAAUGGGAAAGUUCUUACUUACUCUGCCCAGGAUAGCAUAUAUAAGGUAUUUGACCUGAAGAAUUAUACAAUGUUAUACUCGAUCUCAGACAAAAAUGUUCAAGAGAUAAAAAUCAGUCCAGGAAUCAUGCUCCUAAUAUUUACCAAAGCUAGCGGCUAUGUUCCUUUAAAGAUUCUCUCUAUCGAGGAUGGUACUGUUCUCAAAUCUUUCAACCAUCUGCUUCACCGGAAUAAGAAGGUAGAUUUCAUUGAACAGUUCAAUGAAAAGCUUCUUGUCAAACAGGAGAGCGAAAAUCUUCAGAUUCUUGAUGUCCGCAAUUCUGAGUUGACAGAAGUCAGCAGAGCCGAAUUCAUGACCCCAUCAGCAUUCAUAUUUCUGUAUGAGAAUCAGUUAUUCUUGACGUUCAGAAAUAGAACAGUAGCUGUUUGGAACUUCCGUGGGGAGCUGGUGACUUCAUUUGAGGAUCACCUAUUAUGGCACCCUGACUGCAAUACAAACAACAUUUAUAUUACUAGUGAUCAGGACCUUAUUAUUUCAUAUUGCAAAGCUGAUUCUGAUGAUCCCUUAUCAGAAGCAACUGCGGGAUCGAUCAAUAUCAGCAACAUUUUAACAGGCAAAUGCCUUGCUAAGAUAAAGGCAACCGACAGCCGUCCCACGGAUGAUUGCAGUUGCAGUACCAGUUGCAAGGAGCAUGGUGGCAGAAGUUGCAACGCUAAGAAGCGUAUCCAAGCUUCCAGAAUUAGGAGCACAGUUGCAGAAGCCCUGGAAGAUAUCACUGCCCUUUUCUACGAUGAAGAGCACAAUGAGAUCUAUACUGGAAACAGUCUUGGGCUGAUCCACGUGUGGUCUAACUGAAGGUUGACUAAUCCCGCGUUCUUUGAAUAUGUCGAGGGAACACAAACAUGACACAAGAAGAAUCUUACUAUUAGAAUGCCAUCUCUCUCUCUCUCUCUCGGAAAAGUGUGUUGUCUUGUUAUCCCCGAAAAUGGGGAGAUGGUUUGAUUUGUGACAUCUAUUUACUUCACAUGGCAUGACUGUUAAUUUGGUUUCCAGAGUGAUAUUUCUUUUAAACUAGAGAGUUGGUAAUUUUUAGUGUUGUAAUGCUUCUUUAAUUUUGUCUGUCUACUGGGUUGUAUAGACGGCGAGCUAGCAAGCGUAGUCAAUGGCUGAGAGCAUAUUAUACUAUUAACCUGCCGUUGCUUGUGGCAUCGUUAAUGCUAUUUCUCUUUGUGCGUGUGUUUUUAUUAUAAUACCUAUUUAUGCUCUACUCAACUCGGUGGGAGAUUGACUUAGGGCUCGUUUGGCUAUGGA